UCAAUUUCAAUAUUUGGUAGAUGAAGUUCAGACACCAGCAGGGACUAUAAGUAGACGAUCUCUCGGUGUCUUCUUCUUCUUCUCAUCAGAUCAGAAGGGGUUGAGAUCUCAGCAAUGGCGGCGACAAGUGAGAAACAGAACAGCUCAAAGCCUCCACCUUCGCCUUCUCCUCUUCGCAAUUCCAAGUUUUGUCAGUCCAAUAUGAGGAUCUUGAUUUCUGGAGGAGCUGGAUUCAUCGGCUCUCACUUGGUGGAUAAGCUGAUGGAAAAUGAAAAGAACGAGGUUAUCGUUGCUGAUAAUUAUUUCACCGGAUCAAAAGAAAACCUCAAGAAGUGGAUCGGUCACCCGAGAUUUGAGCUUAUUCGUCAUGAUGUUACGGAGCCUUUGUUGAUCGAAGUUGAUCAGAUUUACCAUCUUGCUUGUCCUGCCUCUCCUAUCUUCUACAAGUACAACCCUGUUAAGACAAUCAAGACCAAUGUGAUUGGUACACUGAACAUGCUCGGUCUUGCCAAGCGAGUUGGAGCAAGAAUUUUGCUCACCUCAACCUCGGAAGUGUAUGGAGAUCCUCUCAUCCACCCUCAACCUGAAAGCUACUGGGGAAAUGUCAACCCAAUUGGGGUCCGGAGUUGCUAUGACGAAGGCAAGCGUGUAGCUGAGACCUUGAUGUUUGACUACCACAGGCAACAUGGCAUUGAAAUCCGCAUAGCUAGAAUCUUCAACACGUAUGGUCCUAGAAUGAACAUCGAUGAUGGGCGUGUGGUGAGCAACUUCAUUGCUCAAGCACUCCGAGGUGAGGCAUUGACAGUUCAGAAACCGGGGACACAGACACGGAGUUUCUGUUAUGUCUCAGACAUGGUGGAUGGACUUAUCCGUCUCAUGGAAGGCGAUGAUACUGGCCCUAUCAACAUCGGUAACCCAGGUGAAUUUACAAUGGUGGAACUGGCAGAGACGGUUAAGGAGCUUAUUAACCCGAGCAUAGAGAUAAAGAUGGUGGAGAAUACACCGGACGAUCCAAGACAGAGAAAACCAGACAUUAGCAAGGCUAAAGAAGUUUUGGGUUGGGAGCCAAAGGUGAAGCUCAGAGAAGGACUUCCUCUCAUGGAAGAAGAUUUCCGACUAAGGCUUAACGUCCCCAAAAACUAAAGGGAACGCAACCGCACAGGAAAACGCAGACGCGUUUUUGGUUUUACGAGAGUUGUCAGCUUUAUGAGUUACAUGGUGCUUAUACUACAAAGUGGUGGUUUGGUUUCAUGGGUUAUUGAUAUUACUUUUGUUCGUAGAGAAAUAAGAGCAUGUACACCUGAAUAUAAUAAUAUUUUUUUUUGGUUUUAGUUUUUUUUUAUUUAAUUCGAAAAUUAUAAUUUUCGACCAAUCAGAAUGUUUCAUUUCGGGAUGAUACCGUCUCUUCAGGUUCGUCGGGA